GAGGCUGUAACGUCAUCGGUCAGCGCCGGAAGCAGCGUGCUCCUAGUGCAGGGGGGUGAAGCCAAGAGGCUAAAUCGAUUGCUGUAAGAUGACAGCUUGUGUUCGCUUCUCUCGUUGCUGCCAAUGGCUGGGACAAAGUCGCUCAUGGCAUAUCGCUUCUGCAAGGGAGGCCGGCAAACGACUGCUUUCCCAGGGAUCGGGCAGAUCGUACACAGCCGGAGUGCUGCGCUCUGCUCAAAGUUCUUUCACUGCGAUUGCAUCAACCAGAACUACUCUAAACCGCUACCUACGUUCAUCUUCCUCCGUUGCCACUUUCCCAUACUAUUCACCCAUUCACUGCCGAUACCUGCAUGACUUUGGAAACAGGGGAAGCGGUCCCUUUUCUGGAGGUGAUGGAGCUGAGAGUGGGGGGAGUGGAGAAGAGGAGGGAGGCAGCGGAGGGGAAGAAGGGGGGAGCGGCGGUAUGGAUAGCGCUGGUUAUGCGCAGCCCAUAGUAACAGCCCUCGCCCCUCUCAUGGUGCCAGAGGUUUUCCCCAAUGUACCUGUCAUUGCAGUGUCCAGAAAUCCUGUGUUUCCGAGGUUCGUGAAGAUCAUAGAGGUGAAGAACCCAAAUCUAAUGGCCCUGUUGAGAAGAAAGGUUCGACUUGCUCAGCCUUAUGCUGGAGUGUUUCUUAAGAAGGAUGACAGCAAUGAAUCUGAUGUUGUCAACAGUCUGGAUGAAAUUUAUAAUACCGGAACGUUUGUUCAGAUCCAUGAGAUGCAUGACAUGGAAGACAAGCUGCGUAUGAUUGUCAUGGGCCACAGGAGGAUACAUAUUAACAAAGAACUUGAUGUGGAAGCUGAGGGGGCACAAAUUGAAGAGAAAGUAGAGGGGAAGAAAAAAAGACGAAAUGUAGUAUCCAAGCUGACUAAGGAGAUGGAGAAACGAGAACAAGUGCUGAUUGAUCCAAGCAGCCCUCCUGGGGUCCUCAUGGUGGAAGUAGACAAUGUGACUCAUGAGGAUUUCCAGAACACAGAGGAGGUUAAAGCACUCACUGCUGAAAUAGUGAAAACCAUCCGUGAUAUCAUUGCCCUGAAUCCUCUGUACAGGGAGUCUGUAAUGCAGAUGAUGCAAGCAGGCCAGAGAGUUGUGGACAACCCUAUAUAUCUGAGUGACAUGGGUGCAGCAUUGACUGGGGCAGAGUCUAAUGAACUUCAGGAUGUGCUGGAAGAAACUAAUAUACCAAAACGACUGUACAAAUCUCUUUCACUUUUGAAAAAAGAAUAUGAGCUGAGUAAACUUCAGCAGCGUCUUGGGAGAGAGGUGGAAGAGAAGAUCAAGCAAACCCACCGAAAGUACCUUCUUCAAGAGCAGCUGAAAAUUAUCAAGAAGGAACUAGGUCUGGAGAAGGAAGAUAAAGAUGCUAUUGAGGAGAAAUUUCGAGAACGACUGAAGGAUCUCACUGUUCCUAAACAUGUCAUGGAGGUCAUUGAUGAGGAACUCGGGAAAUUGGGACUUCUUGAUAAUCACUCCUCAGAGUUCAAUGUUACCCGUAACUAUCUGGACUGGCUGACUUCCAUUCCCUGGGGCAAGUAUAGUCAGGAAAAUUUGGAUUUGCGCAGAGCAGAAGAGGUUCUGGAGGAGGAUCAUUAUGGAAUGGAGGAUGUCAAAAAGAGAAUUCUGGAAUUCAUAGCAGUAAGCCAGCUAAGAGGCAGCACUCAGGGUAAGAUUCUAUGUUUUUAUGGCCCACCUGGAGUGGGGAAGACCAGCAUCGCCCGUUCUAUUGCCCGUGCACUGAAUCGGGAGUACUUUCGCUUUAGUGUCGGCGGGAUGACUGAUGUUGCUGAGAUUAAGGGACACAGGAGAACAUAUGUUGGGGCCAUGCCUGGGAAAAUCAUUCAGUGCUUAAAGAAGACAAAAACUGAGAACCCAUUGAUUCUAAUUGAUGAGGUGGAUAAACUUGGGCGUGGUUAUCAAGGGGAUCCAUCUUCCGCUCUUUUGGAGCUGCUCGAUCCAGAGCAGAACUCCAACUUUUUGGAUCAUUAUUUGGACGUGCCUGUUGACUUAUCAAAGGUUCUCUUUAUUUGCACUGCAAAUGUCACAGAGACCAUUCCCGAACCUCUUCGAGAUCGUAUGGAGAUGAUUAAUAUCUCUGGGUAUGUUGCCCAGGAGAAACUCGCAAUAGCAGAGAGAUACCUGGUACCACAGGCACUUACUAUGUGUGGGUUGGACAAAGAGAAGACUCUGAUCACAUCAGAGGCACUGACAAUACUUAUUAAACAGUACUGCAGGGAGAGCGGUGUCAGAAACCUUCAAAAACAAGUCGAAAAGGUCCUAAGGAAAUCUGCAUACAGGAUUGUGAACGGGGAAGCUCAAUUUGUGGAGGUGACACCUCAUAACCUGCAGGACUUCGUUGGAAAACCAAUAUUUACUGUGGACAGAAUGUACACUGUCACUCCACCUGGCGUGGUAAUGGGACUAGCAUGGACAGCAAUGGGUGGCUCAACUCUAUUUAUUGAGACAUCACUGCGGCGUCCCCUGGAUAAGGAAAGUAAAGAUGGCUCCUUGGAGGUUACAGGUCAGCUUGGGGAUGUUAUGAAAGAGAGUGCAAAGAUUGCUUACACCUUUGCUCGUGCCUUCCUAAUGAAGAAACAACCUGACAAUGGAUUUCUUGUAACCUCGCACAUUCAUCUGCACGUUCCCGAGGGUGCAACUCCAAAGGAUGGUCCAAGUGCGGGUUGCACCAUUGUUACAGCACUGCUGUCCCUCGCAAUGGAUCGCCCUUUACGCCAGAAUGUGGCAAUGACUGGUGAGGUGUCCCUAACAGGCAAAAUCCUUCCUGUAGGGGGUAUCAAGGAGAAGACAAUUGCUGCUAAGAGAGCUGGAGUUACUUGUAUCAUCCUUCCGGUGGAGAACAAGAAGGAUUAUUUUGAUUUGGCCCCGUUUAUCUCAGAGGGUCUGGAAGUGCAUUUUGUUGAGCACUAUAAAGAGAUUUAUGAUAUUGUGUUUCCAACAAACUGACACACUUUUUUUUUUUCUUCUGUCACCAAGGAGGAUCAUCAAUUUUGGUGUCCGCCACUGAAAUAGCAUUCUCAAUUUUGCUGCUGCGCAGCCCAGUCUCAUUCAUUAUGGCUUAAUUCAGUAUUUGCCUUUGUAUAUGGUACCUGUUUAGUAAUGUAAUUAUUAAAACAAAAUUUUAUCUUG